CGUCGCACACACGUAUCCACCCUAUCCACAACUUUUCAACUAACUCCUCCAACCCACAUCCCAUUACAACACCCACAGUCACGUAAGCGCCACACACGUCAAUGACGUAUCCACUAACGCUGAGCCCCUCCACCUCCACCUCAGCCACUGGCUUCCCCGCUACUUUAUACACCACAACAUCUCUAUCUCUCUGGUAAUACAUCAAUCGAUAUCUACGCAAAUCAUGUCGUCAACUAUGGACAAGCUCAAGGACAAGCUGCACAUCCGCCGCAAGUCACAGUCGGAGGAGGCCGCGUUUCCGAGCGGGUCGCACGCUAGCGAUGUCCAACGCGAAAGCUUCGACGAGGAGCUCGCGGCGCUGCCGCUCGAAGAGCGCGAGGCGUAUCUGAAGGAGUUUGAAGAGGCGGACAAAGUCGGGGAGCACAAGAAGGGAGGCUUGAUCGAUAGAUGUGAGUUUGACCUCCUCCGCAGCCCAUCCUAUGUACUCUCCUUUUCUACAGCACUUUGUCGAAGCCUUGAGGCGCGGUAUACCAAGGUGAUGUGUAUGAGGGCUAGCCGCGCUGACACACGUACACAGUGAUUGCUAAGGGCAACAAGCGGACUGAAGAGCAACUUGCACAGGAGCAAAAAGAGAGGGAGGCUGCUAUGGCGGGUAAAGGCGGAGUCGUCCGGUAGACUUGUUGCCACGCUCAGAUUUCAUGUCGCAUAUGCUGUAACGCCACCACGUGCUUGUAUACAGACUGCUGUUUUGCAUCGUUUGCGAGUUUGAUUAGCAUCUUUGAGUAUGUUGUCCAAACGCAAUUAAAAAGACGGGUUCAGCAUUGGAAACGUACAAAAUGUACGUCGGUGAUAUUGUAUGCACAGCUGCAUCCGUCUUCGUAUCUACCUAC